GAACUUUCUCCCUCAUCCCAUCCAUUCUUUCUCCAUUUCUCAACGCUAUAUUGUCGGUGCUCGACGCUGUCAACGCUCUUGUCCAUAUGCGGCUACCGCCUCAUUUCCACCCCCAGACCAGUUAAAGGAGCAUCCCCUCACCGAAUCGAAGCACCAGCCCGCAUUCGUACCGACGACUACCUAUCUCCAUACCGAUCAGAACGAACGGGCGUUUCCACCCGGCAGCCCUAUACUCCGAACCCUUCACUGAAGCCAAACCCAAGAUCCCGCGAGAUACGAUCGUCCCCUCAAAGCCAGAGUCACUACGCCCAACUCUAUAUCCCACCGCGACGCCUCUCAACAAUGCGCCUCAUCAAUGUAGAGACGUUGAGGCUGGAAUCCUUUGUCGGCGACAAAAUCCCACCAUACGCCAUCUUGUCGCAUACCUGGGGAGCUGACGCAGAUGAGAUAUCCUUCGAGGACAUUCAGAAAAGAAACCUUGCGAAAUCAGGGAGUGGGAUAAAGAAAUUGAAAGGAUCCUGCAACCAAGCGAAACAGGAUCAUCUCAAAUAUGUUUGGAUUGAUACCUGCUGUAUCAACAAGGAUAGCUCUAAGGAACUUGACGAGGCUAUCAACUCCAUGUUCCAGUGGUAUCUGAACGCUACCGUUUGCUACACAUACUUGUCAGAUGUCCCCCAGGGAGACCGCUCUUGGAAUGCAGAUUCGAAAUUCUUCUCUAGCCGUUGGUUCCAACGAGGAUGGACUCUACAAGAACUUCUGGCCCCUGAGACAUUGCGCUUCUACGACCAAGAUUGGAUACUCAUAGGAACCAAGACGGACAUGUCUACCGCCAUUGAGGCAAUCACUGGGAUUUCUCGGCAGUUCCUAUGCGGUUGGGAGGAUUUGCGCCACGCAAGCGUAGCACAACGCAUGUCUUGGGCGGCGAAACGACAGACCUCUAGGAAGGAAGAUAUUGCGUACUGCCUCCUAGGAAUCUUCUACGUUACGAUGCCAAUGAUCUACGGCGAAGGCGACCGAGCCUUGAGUCGGCUGCAGCAAGAGAUAAUAAAACAUAGCACAGACUAUUCCAUCUUGGCUUGGGGUCUCGACACCGCGGAGGACACACCGAGCAAACCGACGGAUAUGAUAUCCGCAGGGAUUUUGGCCCCUGCUCCAUCAGAUUUUGCCAACUGCGGAAGAAUUACCAAAAGAAAACAAGACACAGCGCCCGUCACCGCAUUUGACAUUUCAGGUGGCCGUCUCCGAAUCUCUCUUCCCCUACACACAACCUCUGCUGGAGAGAUGUAUGGCCUGCUAAAUUGUGGUCCGGAGCAUGAUGCAGAUCAAAUCGUGGGAGUUCCUCUGUACAAUGAUGAAUCCGGCGCAGCGCCAAACGAAUAUCUCAGGCCGCAAGAACGGUGCUCGGUCUUGCUUCCAAGGACUGCACUCAGUAUUUCGACCAAACGGAUUCAUAUCCGGAUGGAGCGUCAGAGUAGGACUGACAAGAAAGUAGCCCGGCGGUUCUGGCUCCAUAUAGACGGGCACCAGAAAAUCAACCUGAAACUGGAAGAAGAUUAUCCCCCUGUCAGCUGGAAGGCAGGGCGCGCCUUGAUUGCAGAGACAACUAGACCUGAUGGACUCAUCACACGACGAUAUAUCGCUCGAUUCCGUGCCAAAGGCGAAAGAUCGCGCGACAUCAUCGUGGUGCUUGAGCUUGAGAUUGACGGAUUGCAGCGACAGACUCGCAGCCACAUCAUGACAUCGUCCAGGGAUACCGAUUUGGGGGAUUUGUUUCAAAAGUUCAGUUACAUAAGGCCGGAGGCCCUGGGCAAGCAGACUGCUAGCAAUGGCUCGUUGACUGUGGGGGUGACUGUCAACGAAGAGCAGGUCGCACAAGAACAUAUGUUCGUUGUCAGACUAGCUCGAGUGUCCAGCUCGCCGGAGGCCCCUGUCGACGCACAUCUGGAGCUGCGCAAUUUGAAUCUGAGACUCGAUUUUUUGAGGCUUUCGGAAACAGAAGACCAAGCUAAUCAAGAAACAAAAAGAUUGCACCAACGGAGGGAAGUUGGGAUAUCUACCUUGGAUCAGAUGAGGAAACGCUUGGCAGCAAACGAAAAACAGUUGAGGAGAUUAAAUGAGGAGAUGAGGUCAUUAUGCGAGGGGAUAGAGAGAGAGACUCAACGUGUGGAUCGACUCACGAAUGGACUCAAUGUGGCCAUACAGUUACAAAACGGAUGUGCCGAACAAGGGUCAAAAAUACAACAGCGCCUAGAUGAAUCUGAGACAAAAGAGGGUCCCGGUAACUGGCUCGAGACGACUAUCCAAACACUGAUCAAUGUGGAAAAAGCUUGUGGUAAUUUGGAUCGCGCGGAAGACCUUGACUCUGACAAUCCGCUGUCGCCUAGAGCGGCGGGGAGUGGGCCCAUCAUGCACAACGAGACACCCAUACUGUGGGCUGCUAGGACUGGGAGAGAGGCAGUUGCCAGGCUAUUACUGGAGAAGGGGGCCAACUUAGAGGCAAAUGAUGUCUACAGGAAUACGCCACUUCACUGGGCUGUAGCCAACGGGUAUGAGGCUAUGGCAACCCUGCUGCUUGACAGAGGCGCGAAUAUUGAGGCAAAGAACUGCGACGGUACCACACCGCUCUUCGUGGCUGUAUUUCGGAACAACGAGACCCUGGUAGGGCUGUUACUUGAAAAGGGCGCUAGCGAAGGAGAGUAGGUCGAUGUUCCUUUACGGAGGCAAUCCUAUCAGCUGAUUCACAGUUCAUCCAUUUGUUUGCAUCAUUUAACUAAUACAUCCUUGCAAUUAAAAUGUUACUGGC